AUGGAUGCAGUACCCCCACCUCCGUUUCUGGCGGAACCAGGAGAGCCACAGAUUCCUUUCGACGAGUGGUAUCAAGUGUUUUUGGCGUAUCUGCUGGCGAAGGACGGAGAGAACUUCUCCGAUCUGAGGAAGAAGGCCACCUUGCUCAACGCUCUCGGAUUGGAGGGCCAACGACAGUUUCACGCAUCGAAAAACGCCCCGUUGAGCCAUCCCGUGAGCGCGGAGAGUCAGCAGCCCGAAUACGACGACACAGUGCAGCGGCUGGCUGCUAGGGCCGACUUCCGGCAUUAUACCGAAAAUCAGGCGGUGCUGGACCAGCUCAUAGCACGAACAUCAAACAGCGAAAUCAGAGAGCGGUUGCUGCUGGAAGGUGACAAUCUCGGAUUGGAGGACGCCGUGCAAAUGGCCGUCCGGCUCGAGGCGGCUGAUGUGGAGGCGCGGCGCUUGGCGGCGACCGUUCAGAUAAGCGCACAGGUGGCCACGGCCUUGCGAGACCCUAAUGCUAUCAACGCGAUAGGAAGGACCCCAAAUACGCGUCAAGAGUCCCGCAUGUCAUCACAGCGCAAACGGAGCCAAAGCCGGGCGCCACCCGCGAGGCCUAAAUGUUGGAACUGCGGCGUCGAGGGUCACUUCGCGAAGGAAUGUCGGCGUCGUGGAAUACGUGCGAUCGAAGAAGAUACAGAAGCCGGAUGCGAGGAGUCGGAGAUUCAACAGACAGGUAUAUCAGCAUCAGUGUAUUCUGUAGGAGGAGACCAUCAGCCUAUAAUGUGUAGAAUUCGAGUGGAUGGGUCACACAUAGAUUUCAUGAUUGACUCGGGAGCUCAGGUCUCGGUUUUGAAUGAAUUCACGUACAAAACCUACCUCAGGGAAACACCUCUGAAACAAACGAAUCGAAAGAUAUGGGCGUACAAUAGAAAAAUCAUUGAAACGGUGGGAGUGACAGAGGCUUCGGUCGAUUAUGAGGGACGUAGCGUGAGAGGACUAUUCUUCGUAGCACGGAGCGGGGCUAACGUCCUCGGAGUUGAUAUAAUGCGGAAAUCGGGAAUGACGAUCAACGUGCGAGAGGGGACCUGCCACGUCGCAUCGUUGAGGGAACUAGAUUUUGAGUCAGAAUUUCCGGAGGUCUUUGAUGACGGACCGAGCAACGUCAGACAUUUCUGCCAUAAAGUUAGGGUUCGGCCAGAGGUAACGCCAAAGCAACAGAGAUGCCGCCGGCCUGCCGUUCGCGAUACGAGAAAGAGUGAGAGCGGUCAUCGAUCGACUAGAACAGAGGGGGUAAUUGAACGUAUUCAGGCGUCAGAGUGGGUUUCCCCGAUCGUGGUUGCCGAGAAGAAAAACGGCGAUGUUCGGUUGUGCGUGGACCUUAGGGAGGUAAAUAAAGCGGUGGUCCAGGACGCGUUUCCCUUGCCACAUAUUGAGGAUCUCAUGCAGCGACUGGCAAAAGGCCGAGUUUUUUCGAAAAUCGAUUUGAGGUCGGCAUAUCAUCAGAUCCCAUUGCAUGAAUCAUCGAGAGAUCUCACGGCGUUUGUAUCACCGUGGGGGCUAUUCAGAUACACGCGCGUCUGUUUCGGGUUGGCUUCGGCCCCGGCAGCGUUCCAGGCAUUCAUGGAAGAAACCUUGAAAGACUUGGAGGGAGUUAUCUGCUACUUGGACGAUGUUUUGGUCGUUGGCGAAACGAGGCAGGUUCACGAUGAAAGGGUACGAGGGCUCCUCAGGACCCUUAGCGAAAGGGGUUUGAAGGUGAACAACAAGUGUGUGUUUGGAGUGGAGGAGACGGAGUUCCUGGGCCAUGUUGUGAGUUCUAAGGGGGUGAAACCAUUGCCGGACAACGUUAAAGCAAUAGAGAAUGUGCCGGAGCCAAAGAAUGUCUCUCAAUUGCGCUCCUUCCUGGGCAUGGCGGGGUUUUAUCUCAAAUGUGUCCCCCGCUACGCAGAAUUGGUGGAACCGCUCAGAGAAUUGCUUCGGAAAGAAGUGAAAUUCGACUGGCGGGAGAAACAACGAUUAGCGUUCCGUGCCGUCAAGGGAGCAAUAGCGGAGGCAGCGCCGCUGCGCGUGUUCGACCCAGCGUUACCACUGGUGCUGACCACCGACGCCUCGGAUUAUGGCUUGGGGGCGGUGUUGCAGCAGCGGGUCAACGGCAAGCUAGAACCACUGGCGUACGCAUCCUGCUCGCUGUCAGAAACUCAACGCAGGUACUCCACUAGUGACAAAGAGGCCUUGGCGUGCGUAUGGGCGAUAGAGAAAUGGCAUGUAUACCUCUGGGGGAGACGUUUUACGCUAAAGACAGACCACAGGGCGCUGGUUUCGCUCUUCGGAACGAAGGGAGCAGACCGUAGGUCGAUACGGUUGGCGCGGUGGGCGGAGAGGCUGGGAGCGUACGCUUUCGACGUUGAGUACAAGCCGGGAGUCGAGAACGUGAUUGCGGACGCAUUGUCGAGACUACCAGAGGCACAGGAGGGGGCGGUGGAGGUAGAUGACGACGGCGAGGUAAUCGUAGCACAGAUGGCGGGCGUUCUGGCUCCAUUGACGCUGGACGAAGUUCGUCUAGAAACGUCGCGGGACGAGACGUUGGCAGAGGUUGUCCGGAUAAUCGCAACGAAAUUCGGAAUUGAGAAACUAACCGGAGACCUGCGCUCUUUCCAGUCUAUCCAUGAACAAUUGAGUGUCGUUGAUGGAAUUCUCAUGAGAGGAGAGAAAGUUGUGCUGCCGACAGGCUUGAGAGAGAGAAUAAUACAAGCGGCUCACGGGACGAGUCAUCAGGGAAUGGCUCGAACAAAAAAGGCGGUUCGAGACUGGUAUUGGUGGCCACGAAUGGACGCGGGGGUGGAACACCUUGUACAGUUAUGCGAGAUUUGUGGCUCGCAUGACAAGUCGGCUAGAACAGAGAGACCGUUGGCACAGGUUGUGCCGCCGCCCACAGGUCCGUGGGAGAAGAUCGGUAUCGAUGUUCGAGGCCCUCAUUAUAGGUUACCACCCCCGUUUCGCUAUGCAGUGGUAGUAGUAGAUUACUUCUCGAAAUGGCCAGUUGUCCGAUUCAUGUCAGAGGCGACCUCAGAAAAAAUUGUUCUGUUCUUGAGGAAUGUCUUCACGUGCGAAGGAACCCCGAAAGAGAUAGUGUCGGACAACGGACCUCAAUUUGUGAGCCGAACGUUUGACUUGUUCAUGAAGCAGCAUAAUAUUGUACACUGUAGAACAGCGGUAUAUAACCCUCAGGCCAACGGACUCGUCGAGAGAUUUAAUCGAGUCCUAGGCGACAUGUUAAAAACAGCGGAACUCAUGUCAAUGAAUAAGAAUAAUUUAGAUAUUGUGAUACAAGAAAUGUUGGCCGACUACAGGAAUACACCUCAUCCCACUACCGGCGAGUCACCGUCGGUACUGCUGCACAGCCGGGCAAUGAGAUCCGGAGUUCAAAUCACAGACUUCCAUGAACUACGCAGAAUUAAGCCGUCAGGAGAGAUCAAAUCACGCAUCGAAGAAAACCAAAGGAGAAGACUCGAAAAGGAAAACGAAGUCGGUCAUCGGUCAGGUACACGGGUGCGAGAGGGUGACAAAGUGCGGAUAAAGAAACCAGGAAUUGUAACGAAGGGUGCGUGGCGAUUCUCAGCACCCGUCAGAGUGGACCGUCAG